UCAUAGUAAAGCUUGAACAGGAUAUUUGAAAAUUACGGAAUAUUAGAUAAAUAUUCGCUGUUUUUGGCUCAAGAUAACUGUUAUGACGUCGUGACGUGUUGUUUUCAGCCUUGUCCUGUAGAAAAUGGCCAUGUAUCCUGUCGACCUGCCAGCUGUGGACGACACGGAGCUGACGUCCGCAUCUGAAAAUUACCUAGCGUCACUGAACGCAGCACAGUCCUGCAAUGAGUGGUUUCGGUCGUUACUGACAUCAAAAGAGAUUGCUGUAACACCAGCCAACAUCAGACAGCUCCAGCUGUUUGAGGACGAACAUCCUGCCUGCACUGUGCUGGCCCUUCACCCUCCACAUGAUCAAACUCAGGUCUUAGCUUUAUACUUGCACAAGAAGUGGUGGCCAUUGGACGACGUGCUGCAGACCUCCAGUGAAUCCAGACGGGGCUUGCAGCCAGUGCAGUCCGUUAUGGAGAGGUUGAUCGUGUUCCUGCUCAGUCAGGUGGUGGAGAGGCCUCGGUCACACGGAGAGGUGAGGUUCUCCCUGCACCCGCCCACAGAAACCUGCAAAGUGCUGUGGGAGGACGGACAGGCGGUCGGCUUCUACACCAUCAAACACAAAGGCCGACUCUGCGACAGCUGGAGCAGCCGCUGCUACCUACUGCCUGUCCUGGACACCGUGCUGGUGAGGAGAAGAUGCAGGAGGAGAGGCUUCGGCCUUCAGAUCCUGCAUGACUUCUGCUCCUCCUUCUCCUCGGAGGAGUUCCUCGGAGUCAGCUCUCCCUUGUCGUCCGACAUGGUGGCAGUGAUCAGGAAGUUCCUGCUGCAGCAUGAGGAACACCAGGCGCGUCUGUAUGAGGUGGAGGCUCCAGGAGAGUGGACUCAGAGAAGAAACAUCUGGCUCAACAUCCAACUUGGUCGCUACGCCUCUGAGCAGCCUCGUCCAGCUGUCCUGACCCCACCCAGCCCCUGUAACUCGAGCGCUCCCCUGAUGCCGACCUCUGCUCAGCUCUGUGAUGUGAACCAGGAAGAUAGAUCCCCGAGCAGUGAGCGCUCUGGGAAAGGAUGUUGCUCUUCAGAGCGCACUGAUAUUCUGGGUAUUAAAGCUCCCAGCAGGCCCCAGCGUUUAAAAGAAAGUUUGAAAUGGAAGGAGGCUCCAUUGAGGAAGCCUCGCAGAGAAAGCCCAAAGGAGAUGCCAAAAAGGCCCAAAAGAGCCAGAAGAACAUCCAUCAACGAGUAAAAACACAAACUCAGCUGACUGCACAACAUCACACAUUGGCGGGAACUGUUCUUUCCCUUGUGUGGAAAAAAUGGGAAAAGCUGUUCUGUGUAGAUUUUGUGUUUGUGAAUUUCUUUCUUGCUCAAGACAGGCAAAACAUUUUUAGCUUUUUGGAGUUCACCUGUUCCAUUUAUCUGUUCGUUCUGUGGUCAUUUCACCUCCUACCUCUUACUUUAUGCCGCUUGUAUUUCUGAAUAUUUAAUUGUUUUUCCUUAAAAGUCCUGUUUUGGUGAAGACAACUCAACUAUCAUCAGACAGACGGAACUGUCUGUUGUUUUUGUUCUAUGUAAUUUAUGUAAAAUCUACUGAGCAAUACAGAUCUAUAUAAAAAUAUUUCCUUUAUUUAUAUAACAUCAAAUCAGUGUCCGUUUCUCUAAUAACUUUUCAGUAUAAAUAGCGACCAGGUGUAAAUAUCACAUACAGGAGUGCCUGAUGUGAUGACGCAUUUAAAAGCCAC